AUGAAUGACAUCAACGCGGCGCAGCGGCUGAGGGUGGCGGCGCUGGAGAAGGCGGAGGCCGCGAAGGUGCGCGUGGUGAAGAGCGCGGAGGCGGACGCCGAAGCCAAGUACCUCCACGGCAGCGGCGUCGCGCGCCAGCGGCAGGCCAUUGUUGCGGGGCUGCGUGAGUCCGUGCGCGAGUUCUCCAGCUCCAUCCCCGGCAUACAGAGCCGCGACGUCCUGGAGCUGAUGCUGGUGACGCAGUACUUUGACCUGCUGCGGGACAUAGGGUCCACCGGCAAGUGCUCCACGGUGUUCACGGGCAGCGACGAGAAGGGGUCGGCGGUGGCGGACCUGCGGCGCGCGAUCAUGGAGGGGCAGACCAUGCAGCGCUGA